AACCGAGCGGGGCCGAGUGAGGCCGAGCCGGGGUCGAGCCCGAACCGAGCGAGGCCGAAGCGGAGCCGAGCGAAGCCGAGGGAGGCCGAAGCGGGGCCGAGCGGGGCCGAGGGGGCGCGAUGGCGGCGACGCCGCCGCCCAAGCCCUGGGAGUCCCGGCGGCUGCCGGGCACCGCGCCCGCUUUCCAGUCUGCUGACUUGGGUGACAACCUGCUGACCAGGCCCGGACAACCCACGGUGGCACGAAUCCCUCCACCCAUUUUGCCGAGACCGUCGCAGCAAACGGCAAGCAGCAGCCUGAGCGCUUUCAGGCCAGCCUAUAGCAGCUCUUUCUCUCCAGGCUAUGGCUCAUAUGGCACCUCUUUCUAUGGAAGCUAUAGUCCCUACAGCUAUGGCUACGGAGGGCUGGGCUAUAACCGCUUCUGUGCCGAUGGCAUUCCCCCCAGCAGGUUUGUGCAGCAGGCCGAGGAGAGCAGCAGAGGUGCCUUCCAGUCCAUCGAAAGCAUCGUGCACGCCUUCGCCUCGGUCAGCAUGAUGAUGGAUGCAACCUUCUCUGCUGUCUACAACAGCUUCAGAGCUGUGCUGGAUGUGGCCAACCACUUCUCCCGCCUCAAAAUUCACUUCACCAAGGUGUUUUCAGCUUUUGCUCUAGUGAGAACUAUAAAAUACCUCUACCAACGCCUGCAGCGCUUGCUGGGUCUGCGGCAGAGCUGCGAGAACGAGGAUUUGUGGGCUGAGAGUGAGGGCAAAGUAGCUCGUGCUGGCCUUGAAGACAAGAUGGCUAACUCUGCAAAAUCCUGGCCUAUUUUCUUGUUCUUUGCUGUUAUAUUGGGAGGUCCCUACCUGAUUUGGAAGCUGCUUUCUACAUACAGUGACGAAGAAACAGUGUCUAGUAACUGGGCGAGUGGAGAAGAUGACCAUGUAGUUGGAAGAGCAGAAUAUGAUUUCAAUGCUCUCUCAGAAGAAGAAAUUUCUUUCCGUGCUGGUGACAUGCUAAGAUUAGCACCCAAAGAACAACAACCCAAGAUCCGUGGUUGGCUUCUGGCUAGUUAUGACGGCCAAACGACAGGACUUGUGCCAGCUAAUUACAUCAAAAUCCUGGGCAAAAGAAGAGGUAGGAGAACAACAGACCCGGAAAGGGUUCCAGAGCAGCGGCCAGCUUUCCCCAGCACAGCUGUCAGAGGAGCCCCUGCUGCUGUGACUUUAGAGGAGCAGGAAGCUGCUUUUGAAACUGUUUUUGCUGGAUGCAGCAAAGUUCCCAUUGCGUCGGACUCCGCUGUGGCCGGUGGAGAGAAGCAGGAACUCUGAUGCACUUUGAUCAACAAAGCGACUGAACUGUGCUUUAUUGAUACCACUUAGGGUUUGUUGAAAAUCUGGUUUGUAAUGGAGCACUGUGGGUCUGUACCAGUUACUGCUGCUAGUGGUUGGUGAAGGGAUGGAGAAAUCAUUGCUCAAAUUUGUGGUAUUUAUUUUUGACUCACCUAAGGCUGUACGUCAGUGAUUCUAUCCACCCACCUGGCAGCAACUCUGAGAUCUUGAGAUAGGAGAAAUGAGGCAUUUAGAAAAAAGCAAACAAAGGGAAAAAAAAUAGGGCCUGCCAUUCUUGUUUAGGGGACAAAUUAACACCCAGUCUUUGUAGGAGUAUUGAGCCUCUUGAAUAGACGUGCAAAGGGAAGGUUGAUUUCUGUAAGCUGUCCUCCAGAACUUCACACUCAGAACCAUGAAGGAGUAAAACACAUUGGCUCCCUCUGAAAGGAGGGAGAGUUGCAGAAGAUGCACACAGUUGAAUAGUUAGAAGGUUUAAGUUGCUUUUCAUAAGAAGUAGGGUUCUGCCAUAAAGAACUUAGCUCUUAGAAUAAAAGGGAGAAACUUGGGAGGAAGGGAGGAGAAACAGAGUUUAGAAAGGGAGAGCAGUGAGGCAUCACCAGUAGUUCUAAGCAGUUCUGUUUUGUUUAUUAAAAGGACAUUAGAAUAAAGGGUAUUCUGCAGUCAGGCACUCAUCAGUUGUUACUCCCUUAACCAACUUUGCAUCACUCUUAGCCAUGUUGUGUUGUAGCCUGUUAGCUGCUUAUCUAUCAGCCACCAUCUGCAUCUCAACUUAUUUCUGUCCUUUAUUUGAUUUUAUAUGAGUGUCAAAAUAUCUAUCCUGCAUUUUUCAGCUUGAGUUGGAACAAAGCCUUGAGUUGGGGGAAGCUGAAAGUAAUUGGAGCAUCAAAGAAAAA